UAACCACACUGUAACACUGUACUACACCACAGCCCUAACCACACUGUAACACUGUACUACACCACAGCCCUAGGUGCUGCUCAAUAGUGGGAAGGUGUUUCCUAAUGUUUUGUCCACUCAGUGUAUAUAAAACCCAGGAGAAUCACAUUGUCGACUGCACUAGGCCUCUUUUUUUAAUGUGUAUACUCAGCACUUCCUGCUUAAUCUCUUGGAUGUGUUUUAAACUUGUACAUCUCGUUCUAACCUGAUGAUUUAGUAGUCUGGGUUGUGUUCCAUAUGGUUACCACACCCACCCAGCUCCACACCUAGCUAGACUCUGGAGGUAGUACCAUGAAACAUUGAGCCCCAGUAGCUUGAUUUACACUGGCAGACUUCACUCCACUCCAUGGUGAAGGAAGGGGAAGUUCAUUAUACACAUCAACUGACACGUUUGCUGUGAGUUGCCAUUGACAAACAAAGACAGACAUGCUACAGAGGACAAACGUAACUACAAGUUGACUACCCUGCUCUUUCCAUCUCUUCACUCUACUACCCAAGCCCGACUGAAGACCUAAGAGCUCUACUCUGUGCCGAGGGCUCUACAUAAGGGCUCUAAGCCUCGUCACACUACUCAGGUUGGAAGAGCCGUAACCCAGCCAGUGGAGGGGUCAUCAUAAUCAUCAUGACUCAGAGUCCCGUCCAUGGCUGCUCGGUCUGUGUGGCCCAGCUGACAGUCUUCCUCUCCCUUGCCCUGCUGUUGUGUCCCCUGGGGAGAGCACUCGGUGAAGACCAGGCUUCUCCAGCCCAGGUGCUGCAGGGCCUGUUGGAGCGAUAUGGGGACAAUGCCACCAUCUCUGUCCCCCAGCUCCGCUCUUUGUUGGCACGACUCGGUGCACCCGGCCUGGGGGACAACGGCACCGCAGCAGAGGCGACAGCUCCACCGGCGCCGCCCAGAGUCAACCUGUCCAAAUGCUUACCUGGAGACACCCUGGCAGUUUACAGUAUGAACGAGCAGUCUCGUCUGGAUGGGCGUGGCCUACAGGAGCUCUGCCCCACCAUGCUUCAGCAAUUGGACUCUGGCGCCUGUGGGGUGGAGAAAAAGGAGGAGCUUAUCAUAGACCCGCCUUCCAAACCCACUGCUGCUGAAGUUUGGGGUUAUGGCUUCCUGUGUGUGACCUUCAUUUCUCUGUGUUCGCUGGUUGGGGCCAGUGUGGUCCCCUUCAUGAGGAAAACGUUUUACAAGCGUCUGCUGCUCUACUUCAUAGCCCUGGCCAUUGGCACGCUCUACUCCAACGCCCUGUUUCAGCUCAUCCCAGAGGCAUUUGGUUUUAACCCUAUGGUGGACAACUAUGUGUCUAAGUCCACGGUGGUGUUCGGAGGGUUCUACCUCUUCUUCUUCACUGAGAAGGUCCUCAAGAUGCUGCUCAAACCCAAGGAUAAGGGCCAUGACCACAGCCAUUUCCCAGCCAACGGAGACAUGGAAGAGGGUGUGACAGAGAAGCUGCAGCAGAGUGGAGAGGCGGGGCUUAACCUGCCCAAAGUGGACGGAGGAGAGGGGGACCGCAUGCUCACCCCUGCACUGACCCCACCGGACUCUCAGAGCCUGGGUGGAGGGAACAACAGCAGAGGAGGCUGCUAUUGGCUGAAGGGUACAGCAUACUCUGACAUUGGCACUCUGGCCUGGAUGAUCACGUUGAGCGACGGGCUCCAUAACUUCAUCGACGGCCUGGCCAUCGGAGCCUCCUUCACUGCCUCGACCUUCCAGGGCAUCAGCACCUCCGUGGCUAUACUCUGUGAGGAGUUUCCCCAUGAACUGGGAGACUUUGUGAUCUUGUUGAAUGCUGGGAUGAGCAUCCAGCAGGCUCUGUUCUUUAACUUCCUGUCUGCCUGCUGCUGCUACCUGGGCAUGGGUUUUGGCAUCCUGGCAGGAAACAGCUUCUCACCUCAAUGGAUCUUUGCCCUGGCAGGGGGCAUGUUCCUCUACAUCGCCCUGGCAGACAUGUUCCCGGAGAUGAACGAGGUGAGUCGUGAGGAGGAGGAGGCGGGUGGAAGCAGCUUCCUUGUGACCUUCAUCAUCCAGAACGCGGGCCUCCUAACCGGCUUUGCCAUCAUGCUGCUUCUGACCACCUACUCUGGAGCCAUCACUAUAGACUAGCAUUAGUAUUCACACAACUACACCCUGUCGGUUUUAACCAGAUCCAACCGCUUUCAACUGUAAUGAUUCCUUUUGGAGCUGAAUGGAAAUGCCCGCCUAUCCCUCCCCAGGCUCCCUCUCAGGCCCCAUUUUGCCCCCGAUUCUCCCUCAGGACUUUAGAGACCCGGGGCUUCAGUACUAGUGCGGCAGGAACGCACCCUAUAAGACUUAAGCAGUUCCCAAAUGCAGUAGCUACUAGUACACUGGCAGGGGAACAGGCCUCCCUCAUCUCUCUUGGGCCUUCUCUGACCCCCCUAGUAUACUGGCAGGGGAACCGCCCUCCCUCAUCUCUCUUGGGCCUUCUCUGACCCCCCUAGUAUACUGGCAGGGGAACCGCCCUCCCUCAUCUCUCUUGGGCCUUCUCUGACCCCCCCUAGUAUACUGGCAGGGGAACCGCCCUCCCUCAUCUCUCUUGGGCCUUCUCUGACCCCCCUAGUAUACUGGCAGGGGAACCGCCCUCCCUCAUCUCUCUUGGGCCUUCUCUGACCCCCCUAGUACACUGACAGGGGUACCACCCUCCCUCAUCUCUCUUGGGCCUUCUCUGACCCCCCCUAGUACACUGACAGGGGUACCACCCUCCAUCUAUCUCUCUUGGGCCUUUUCUGACCCCCUUAGUACACUGACAGGGGUACCACCCUCCAUCUAUCUCUCUUGGGCCUUCUCUGACCCCCCUAGUACACUGGCAGGGGUACCACCCUCCCUCAUCUCUCUUGGGCCUUCUCUGACAAGCCCCCCCUUGCCAGCUAGGUGACUAGCCUAGAGAUCCCUUUCCCCUCUGUUCUAUGCCACCUGCAGGGACAGGAACGAGUCAUAGGCAGGGGGUAGGACCACCAUAUUAUCUCCUAUGCUGAUGACCAACAGACAUGCAAUAUCUACAAACCAUUUAUACAAACACAGUUCAUAUAUAAACUAUAACUAGGUAUAAAUAAAGUUAUUUAAUCAAACACUUCCUUGUUCCCCAGACUACUGAGAGACCAUUUCGGCUCUACAAAGACUCUUGCUGUUGUCAUGGAGAUCAUUCUGUCAUUGGUUAGUUUGGACAUGCAUGAUGAGCGUCGAGUUGGACAUUUUGAGCAACCAGUGGUGUAUUCAUUACGGAAACCGUUUGAGAACCAAACAGUAGCAAACAGAGCAAAUGGAACGAAAUGGUAAGGAACCUACCAGAAUUUGUCCAAUAGAAACGGUUGUUUGGUUUCUGUUGCAAAACAUUUUGCAACAGAAUCAGCGUAAUGAUUCCACCCCAUGGUCCAACGACUUGGAAAUAGUGUAUUUAUGUUACCCAUAUGCCUCUGAGUGCCCAUGGGCCAAACUACGGUGGCCUGCGCAGCACAAUCAGGUAAUAGCAGUUGUAUUGUAGACAUCCUUGGACCUUUUUUUCAUUGUCAGAGUGCAAACCCUUUUUUUCAAUACAUACCAAAAAGAAAGUGUUCUAUAAAUAUAUAUAUAUAUAUAUAUACAUAUAUAACACACAGAUCAACUGGAAAGUUGAGCAAGCCGCCGUGAAGAAGAUCAAAUCCUUUCCCCAACAUAGGACUGAUGUGUCUGUGUUAUGUUUUACUUCAGGAGGAACCAGACAAAUGCAACGCGUGUGAAUUUUAACAACAACAACAACAUGUGGACAGACAGACCGUUUAUGAUGGACUCCACUGGGAAUUGUUUUUCCUCCAAAGUGUGACAAGUGUGAAGAACAAGAACCUCCUCUGAUUUGUAGCUUUCUGUCCUGGUUUCCUCGGUUGUCAUUGUUCUCUACUAAGAUCUCAGCAAAUAGCUCCCUAUUAUAGUACACUUCCUAAAAUAAGGUUUUCUGUAGGGAAUAGAGUGCCAUUUUGGACAGAGCCUAUGUUUGAUGGAUGGACGGACUAUGGUGGCACCUGAAGCCACGGUCUAUUUCUCCCGAUCAGUUCCCCCAUCUAGCUAACCAUCUGUGCCCUUCAUAUGUCGUUGACCUGAUUUUUCUAAGACUCUAAUCUCUAUGAAUGCAAUCCUCCAUUCCUUAUCCAUACCGUUAUCAUUUUGAGAUAACGUCUAUUGUUGUAUUAUUUGUAUGUAAUGAAUGAAUGUUUAGAAUCAAAGACCGUACACCCAGAAUCCUAGUCACACUUAAAGGAGGAGUUCACUAUUUUACAAGAUAAUGUUGAGAUGGUUCCUCACCCUGAACAUAGUCGAUGGGCCAGGAGAAACUGUAAUCCAUGGUUCAGUUUUCUUUAAACAGCCACAACAAACUUCAACUUUUUCCCCACCGCUGGCUAAAAAUCUCUGGAAGUGAUGGGCAGCUAUUAAAAAGUAAAAUGUCCAAAUCGCCCAAAAUCAAUUCUAUAUUUUGUUUGCUGUAACUUUAAAGUGAUUUGGCCUUUAAAAAUAAAAAAACAUGCUCACAGCCCCAAUCACUUCCAUAGAUGUUUAGCUAGCGGUGGCCGAAGUUGGUAAUGGCUGUUUAAUGAAAACUGAAUUUUGUAUUUAACUAGGCAAGUCAGUCAGUCCCGAGUGGCGCAAGGCACUGCAUAGCAGUGCCACUAGAUAUUCUGGAUUCGAGGCCAGGCUCUGUCACAGCCGGCCGCGACAGGGAGACCCAUGGUGCUGUGCACAAUUGCCCCAGCGCUGUUAGGGUGAAGGUUUGGCCUGCAGGGAUGUUCUUGUCCCAUCGCGCACUAGCGACCCCUGUGGCGGGCCAGGCACAGUGCACCCUGACACAUUCAUGCGGCUGGCUUCCUCGUUAAAUGGGCAUUGUGUCAAGAAGCAGUGCAGGUUGUGUUGGGAGAGGCGGUCAAGAGCUGUGCGUUCUCCGAAACACAACCAAGCCGCACUGCUUCUUGACAACAAUGCCCAUUUAACGAGGAAGCCAGCCGCAUCAAUGUGUCGGAGAAAACACCGUGUCAGGGUGCACUCCAGCGCCAUAGACUACUUUCAGGGUGAGGAACCAUCUAACAUAAAGUUGUAAAAUACUGAACUACUCAAUUUUUAAGAUGUUUUUGUCCUUAUCCAACACCCUAUAGAAACCAUCUCACUCCUUCAGUGACGUGAGGGUGUCAUUCAUGUAGCAAUGCCCAAACCACAUGGUUGAAUCUGUAAGGCUGGCCAUGUAAUGAAUAUUCAGCUUCUACAAUGUCAAUGGUUGAUUAGAUCAGUGAGUUAUGAAGUAUGUAUUAUAAUAUAAUACGUAUUAUAUUAGUGCUGGGGUCAUGACAGUGCUAUAGGGUUAUAUAACAGUUGAUACGAAGAGAUAAGUUAUAAGUUAACAGUUGUUAUAGCUUUGCCACCAGGGACCGGUGUGGUAGUAACAAAAAUGUGCUGUGACAUGAGGUCAACAAAACUGUAAAACCAUGAUGAUGCAGGACGAGUGGGCUUCCUCAGUCUCGACAGAAUUUAUUUGGAGAGAAUGAAUUGUACCAUUUAGCAGAUGCAAUUGUGUGUAAUAUUAUAAGUGACCCCUAGAGGGAGACACUGCCUCUGAAAUGAAUCAGCAUAAAGCAGUGGAUAAUAUUUCCCCCCCCUUCAUUGAGUAUUUGCUCAGAGCUGUACUAUAGUUGCUAUGCAUUGACUUCAAUGUCGGUCUACAAUUUAUCUUGAUUUUAUUGGCAUAGAAUAGAUUAAAAUCCUAAAGAUUAGGUGAGUAAUUGUUCUUUCACUUUUCUGAGUUAAUCUAUAUGAAAUAAACCAUCUCAUUAAUUGUACAAUGGCAACCAUAAUGUAUUGGAACGUUUUGAAACGGUUAGUUUUAAUGGAUAAUCAGCGUUAUUGUUUAAGCCAUAAUGUUUUGAAAUGCAUUUUACAUUUUAAGUUUAUGCACAUUACACACUUCUUUUGUUUUAGAAAUACAAGCCAUGUGAAACUAGACAAUGCUGCACUAUUUUUUUGUUGUAUUUAUUCAUUUUCUUCUUAGCGAUCAUUUUACAUUUUUGCACAUGUAAAACAGAUUUGUUAGUCAUAUGGAUACAUCAAUACAACACGUAUGAAAUCAGAGUACAUACACAGUCAACACACAUUUCCACCUCGACGUCUUCAGCCUCCAUUUCGACAAGUCCUUACCUCCAUGCGGGAUUUUGCUGUCUGAAACACUUACUUGUGUGUGACCAACCAGGGUUGGUGUCAAUUCAGAACGUAAAACCAAAUUCCAAUUCCGAAUGUUGUUCAUUGAGAAUUUGAUUUGGAAUUUCGGUGUACUUCCUGAAUUCAAAUGGAAUUGACCCCAACUCUGAUUCAAACUGACUUUAGACUUUUUAAAGAAGUUAUUUAUUGGUGACGUAAAGAUGUCGGACUCCUGUGAAUAGUGGGUGUCAAGGAAGUGUUGUACUUUUUGCAGUGUGUUGUGGGAGCUGGGAACGUGUAUUUUUUUUUUAUAAACAAUUUUCCUAAAUUAA